GUCACUUCCUCUGUAUUGUAGCAAUAGUACCUCGAUUUCUUCUUCCAGUUUUGCCGAUCAAAAGAUCGAAAGUAUCGAUUUUUCUCACGAGUUCGGAAGCCUAAUCUCUAGCUUUGAACUGAUAAGAAAAGCACAUCUCACUUGAUGUCUUCAGUUCUCAAGAGUUCAUGUCGGAUCUAAACAUUCAGCUCCCUAGUGCUUUUGAUCCUUUGCUGAAGCAAUUGUUGACGACUCAGGUGUUGGUUCAAAGGAGUAUGUGCGUGUUUGAGUGUAGCGAAUGGAAAUGUCUAACUACUUUGCAGGGUUUAUAGAAAGAGUUCAGCUACAACAAGAUCUUGAAGGACCUAAAGAAAGAGCUCUAUCGUAAUGGUUAUGUUGUCCAGGAUCCAGAGUUAGGCCAGGUUAUUCAGCUCCAAGCUGAUCAGCAGAAGAGUGUUUCUUCUUUCCUAGUAUAGUAUAUUGCAUCUUCAUUUCCGGACAAUGAUCAUGUUUUUUUCUCAGUUUGGUGAUAUUUUUUCUCUUUCUGUUUCUCUUGUUUAAUCCUUUUCUUCUCUCUUUUCUCUUUUUCUCAUGUUAAGCCCAAAGACUGUAUGCCAUUGGGCAAAUUCCUUGUUGCUCGAUGGACAUUAGUUGCAAACGACAAUCAUGCCCACGACCACCAUGGUUUUCUUAACUGGCUGGUUCGGUAUGAUUUGAUUGGUAUUUGCUCGUCCAAUUGUCAACCGGUACAUGGACCAUCCCAAAUCAAGCAGUCCAAUCUGGUUGAAAUAUAAAUAAUAUAUUUUUUGGAUGUUUUAUUCUGAAAACAUCCAAAAUUGAGCAGCCUCCUCCUUCCUCCACUGACCCUGAUCUCCUUCUCUACCUUCGCCACACAUGUCUCUUCCUCUCCUCCAAUGUCUUCUCUACCUUGGUGAAGCAGAUGGAUGAUGAAGAAUGGAGGAGGCCAUAGGUGGGUCCCGAUGGUGAUGGUGGUAAAGAAGAGGGAGAAGUGAGUGCAGGAUGAAUUGGUUCGGUUCAUUUAUAUUGGUAGUUUAGUCAAUUGAUUUGGGGUUUUUUGGGUAUUUGAGCAGAUUUGUUUGCCCUUAAGUAAAUUAUGAAAAGCGGGGUGUUUCUAGGUAAGAACCUAUAAAGUGAGGCUUUUCCGGAGAAAUCACCAUUUGUUUUCUUUUACCCAGGGUUCGACUGAACUGUUGUGAGGAGUCGGGAAGCUGAGGAGUCACAAGGAGGAGGACCAGCUCAAAAACUGAGGAGCUGUUUGCAUGAUCGUGGCCUGCCAGUGCCCAUGUGUCUUUCACCUGCUCCAAGAAAUUCAACUUGAAGCAAGGACUGCUAAAAUUUUGAGGUAUUUUUUAAUCAUGGUGGAUGUUGCUCACAUGAGAAUGAUGUGGACUUCAAGGAGAGGUUUGAAUCCCCAGAAAUGGUGGAGGCAGAAAUAUAUCAGACAAAUUUAAUAGACAAGAGAUAUCCUCCACAGAUAUGGUUCAGAUGCAACUGGAUAUUAAACAGAGCACCUUUCUUGCACAUAAACAUUCCUACACCAGCUAUAGAUAGAUACAAAGCUACAGCUAUUUGUACAAUUUAAAUGAGGAAAAUUAUAAUGAUCUUCAACAGAUACCAUAAGAAAAAUCUCCUUAAUCUAAGAUUAGUCCUAUGCAUGGACAAGAAUAUAUAAAAAUUCUCCAUCUAAUAUGAUAAAAGGUCUGUAGCAUUUCGUGUUCUUGAAAUAAUGUCAUCAAUCUCCAAUGCAUUUCUCAUUUUUUGUAUAUAGCCAUUUAGAUAUUUAAAAUUUGCUGCACCAGUAUAACCCAUUUACAGGGACAAAUUGAAGCAAAUCAAGGUAACCUGCUUUGCAUCUUGUAUUACUCAACCUGAAAUAGUUAGAAAUAUCAUUUUUGCUAAUAAGACAAUUCUUCCUUGGGUGAGAUCCUUUUCUUGAAUAUUAGAUCAGAAAAAUCUUGAUGAAGGAAAAUAUCAUUUUAAUCAGCUCAAAAGAAAAUCAUUUUUUGUUUGUUUGUAUGCUUUUGGUGUGGGGCAGUAUAGGAGCAGACCGCCUUAUUUUUCAGUGGGAUUUUUUGUUGCAGGUUACCCGAAGCAGGAUGACAUCUCCACCAUUUAGAUAUUCCAACAAAGAUUAAUUCAAUGGCAAGUUAAAGGCUUCCUCCUUUUGGAAGGACCACCAACCUGCCAUAACUAUAUAGGCAUUGGGACAUCAAGAGCUCUCCUUUUGAUCCCCUACUCCAACUGUAAAUUAUCAUCAUUGUUGCUGUCCUCCCCCCCUUCCUCUCUCUCUCUCUCUCUCUCUCUCUCUCUCUCUAAAAGCCAAAACCAAUUCUUUUUUGUUCCUUCGUUUUUCUUGGGUACUUUGAAGUUUGAAACCCCAUCAUCUUUGGAAACUUUAGCGAGAAAGAUGGAUGGGAAUAUAGCUUUUGGCUUUGUAGCCAUAAAUUAAAGAUUCUUAUUGUCAAGUGCAUGUUCUGUAAAGCCUCAGUGCAAUGGCAAUCAAGAUGAAGGGGCUUCUCAAGGGAAUCAAAUACAUCUCUCAUAUAUUUGUGCACAAGGAGCAGGAUAUGGAAAUAGGGUAUCCAACAGAUGUAAAGCAUGUUGCACAUGUUGGCUUCGACAACCUGUAUGGGAGUUCUCCCUCUUGGAUGAAUGAUUACAAGACAUCACCUGAUUUCUCAUCAGGUUCCCUUAGCAACUUCGGAUCGAGAGAACCCUCGUGGGCUUCACAAGAUUUUGAUCAGCAAAGAGAGCUACAACCACCACCUGAGAUUUUCACAGACCAUCCUUGCCCAGACUUACCAAAAGCCCCUAAGAAGAGAAAACCAAAGAAGGCUAAGGCCAAAUCCCCAUCACCAGCGAGAUCGUCGAGAUCAUCAGCAUCGAGAGAUUCAUACUCCACUGCAUUUGAAGAUUUCGGUGAGACGCGAAGGGAAUUCCGAUUGGUCUAGGGUUAUCUUUUACAUGUAAAGGAUUGGAUAUUCUCAUCUGCCUUUCUUUCAAAAAAAUAUUUGUUCAAUCUUUUCCAGUUUUAAAGUUGUUCAGUAGACCAGAAUGUCACACUUUCUUUCCCACUGAA